AUGCCAAGAGAAGACGUCUCCUUCAAGACUGCAGACCAGACAACCCUGCGGGGGUGGUUAUACAAGCCAUCAAAACCCGUUUCCGGUGCUCUCCCAGCUCUAGUAAUGGCCCAUGGAUUCUCCGCUGUCAAAGAGAUGAUCCUCCCCCGCUUUGCAGAACACUUUUCUACCCAUCUCCCCAUCGCCUGCUUGGUCUACGACCACCGCGGGUUCGGCGACAGCGAUAACCAACCAACCCAGCCUCGACAGGAGAUAAUCCCCGCGCAGCAGAUCAGCGACUAUUCAGACGCGAUUACAUAUCUUCAGACCCGGUCCGACAUUAACGCAGACAGGAUUGGGGUGUGGGGGAGCUCGUAUAGUGGCGGGCACGUCCUGUGCGUGGGUGCCAUAGAUCGGAGAGUCAAGGCUGUCGUUAGCCAGGUGCCUAUGGUUGAUGGAUGGGAAAACUUCCAUCGCUUGGUUCGUCCGGACUUUGUUCCUUUGGUGGAUGAUGUGAUUCAGAAAGAUCGAUUGGGAGUAGCAGCUGGGGAGGCACCACAGCGACUGCCAGUCGUGGAUGAAAACCCACUGGCGCAAUCAGCCCUCCCAUCAGCAGAGAGUUACCAGUUCUUCACAACCCAUGGACGGGGCACGAAAUGGGAGAACUCUGUUACAGUCAAAUCGAUGGAGGCAUUGAGAGGAUAUAUUCCUGCUGCAUAUAUCAAACAUAUCUCUCCAACUCCGCUGUUGAUGGUCGUUCCCGAGAAUGACCAGCUCACCCCAACCGAUUUGGCCUUGAAGGCGUAUGCAGAGGCUAUUGAGCCGAAGUCUCUUCAUAUUUUACCGGGAGGUCAUUUCGAUGUCUAUACUGGCAGUCAAUCUCAACCGGCCCUUGAGGCUGAAACAAACUUCCUCCGCCGCCGUCUCUGCUGA